AUGGGCACCCUGCAGAGGCAGAGCUCGAAGGCCAGCUGGCUGGUGUUCGGCCGCUCGCGCUCGGCGCGCAGGUUGGACGCGGAGAGGCACGCGCACAGCGACGAGGACCGCGAGCCGUCCACGUCGGGAUCGCCCAUUGCGUUGGGCCGGCCUUCCCUGCCCGCGGUGCCCCCGGCAUCGCCGCCGGCCGCGAGCCGCUCGCCGGCGGUGCCCCACACCUCCUCCAUGUUCGUGGACACGCUCAAGGGGAAGACGUUUGUGAACCAGUACUUGAUGAUGAAGGACCUGGGCAAGGGGUCUCAGGGCAAAGUGAAGCUGUGCCUGAACACAGACGACAACCUCCUGUACGCUGUCAAGGUCAUCAACAAACGAAAGUCGAUGCGACAAAUGAAGCUUGCGAAGAGAAUUAUGAGCAGCAAAGGAGAUGCAGGAGAUGACUUGAUAAAAGAAAUCGUUGUCAUGAAGAAGCUGAAGCAUGACAAUGUUGUGAGAUUGUAUGAGGUCAUUGACGACCCCGCCGGCGAAAAGUUGUUGAUGGUGAUGGAGUAUGUAGAUGGUGGACCCUUGAUGGAGGGCGGUGAGAACCAAACCACAAUGAAGAGGGUCACAGAGGCAACAGCCAGGAAACACUUUCGGGACGUUCUGAAGGGCCUGGAGUACCUACACUCCCAUGACAUUGUGCAUCGCGACUUGAAGCCAGAAAAUCUGCUCCUGUCUUCCGAUGGUCAUGUGAAGAUCAGUGACUUUGGCUCAGCAACGCUGUGCAAGGAUGGUGUUGACACAAUGGAGGAUACCCUUGGCACACGUUCCUUUUUCGCUCCUGAGAUGUGUGACGAGGGCGGAGCAGCGUAUUCUGGAAAGAAGGCAGAUAUCUGGGCGCUGGGAGUGACUCUGUACAUGUUCAUAUUUGGGCAAGUUCCAUUCCAGGGGGAGAGCAUACUGGAUCUGUUCAAUGCGAUCAAAUCCGAAUCACUGCACUUUCCACCUGAUGUCAAGGUGACACCUGGGUUGAAGGACAUUUUGCACAGUUUGCUGCACAAGGACCCUGCAAAGCGCUUGACGUUGGCAGGAGCAAUGCAGCAUGUUUGGACCACAGGCAGUGGCACUCUACAGCUCCUGCAUCCCAGCGGUGUUCCCUUGCGGGACUUUAAGCUAUCCAAAGAGGACAGAGCACGUGCGAUGACGCCCAACAUCGCCAGUGUGUUUUCUUGUCUGGCUGCCACCAUGCAGACGUUCAGGAAAGGAGAGACCAUUUUGAAAGAGGGUGAACCCAGCCUGGGGUUGUAUUUGGUCAAGCAAGGAUUCUGUGCUGUGACCUCGAUUUCAAGAAUUGCGAUGGAGAGGAUGAUCAGUGUUGAUCCAGACUUUGAAGACAACCUGUCUGUUGACGAUACGGAAUCAGAGGGGUCUGCCGACAUCGAAGAAGAGUCAGUAGAACUGAUGCAUGCGAUUGAUGCUGUUGGCUGGUCAAGCAAGACUGAGCCUGCAACAGGGUCCAGGGAAAUGAACAUGAAGUCCAACAUGUUUGCGCAUGGACGCAGCAUGGACAGCACAGAGACGAAUAUUAGCACUCCCAAGUCCCAGGAUUUUGGACCUAUUGGAUCCUUGGAUAGGAAGCAGGUCCUUCGCUCAGUCCGCCGUCCGACCUUGAUGCACAACCACAUGGUAAAAUUGGUGAGGGAAUCGUUCAACGAACGGACUAUUAACCACUCAGAAGAUGGCCCUGAGUUGCCUGACUGUCGUGAGGCGAUGUGCAGUCGGGGACCUGGUUCCAUCCUGGGAUUCAUGGCUUUGACCCCAGGCAACCCAGAAAAGAACCAUGAAACUGUUGUUGCUGAGACAGAAGUACGGGUCGCUUUUGUGGAGCAUGAGGCUGUUCGAAAGUAUUUCAAGGGGCCUGACUCCCAUCUGCAGGUGAAGCUGCUGAUGGCAAGGCUGCAGAGGGUUGCCAUGUUGCAGUCGACAAAGGAUAGGUUUGGAAAGCUUCAAGGCGAGAUGGAGCAAGUGGACAACCUCCGAAAACUCCACCGCUCUUCGGGUUCCUCUAUGAACAGCCGCACUUCAUCUGCUAGGAGCAUGGCAAGCUGA